AUGGCCCAAGAACAUCUUCUUCCCCCACCUUCGCCCCUUCCUCAAUUUCGCCGUGGACCAACCAUCCGUACCGCAAAGACUUUCUGGAUUCCGCUCGUCACAAUCGUCAUUUUCCUGUCCAUCUUCUUCACCCCUCUCCCACGCACAUACGACGAACACCGCGACGCCGUCAUCCAAUCCAUCACAGACACUGCCAAGGAUGUUUUGCCUCCGGUAUUGUCGCACGACAACUGGCACCCAAUCGAGCUCGACCACGUAAAGUCCGAGUACGCCUUUGCCACUUUCCUCGCUGGAAACGCCGACCAAGACGAGAACUGGGAGAAAGAUCACUACUUUGUUGCUACUCGCAUCCUCGCAUAUCAGUUGUUGCAUGCGCCCGAGACGUCGUCGCGCGACAAGUCAAUCCCCUUCGUUGUCCUGGUUACCGAGAAUGUGUCAGAAGCAAAGAGACAGAGACUGCGCAAGGAUGGAGCGGUUGUGGUCCUAGCAGACUUUGUCAAGGCCGACUGGGUCAAGACGGCGACAAGCACGUGGCAGGACGUCAUGACCAAGCUGCGUUUGUGGGAGUUCACCCAGUUCGACCGCAUCUGCUUCCUCGACGGCGACACUGUCCUAGUCGAGCCUCUGGACGCCAUCUUCACUGAUCCGGCUGUCGAGACUCGUGGCACUCUGACUCAGCCCGCCAAAAUCAAGUCGGACGAAGGAGCGUUGCCUCUUGAGUACAGCUUUGCCGGUGUGCCUGAAAUGAAGCGCGAGCACGGUUAUCCUCCCACCGACGAACACCACGACUUCCCCAACGUCAACUACCUCAACGCUGGUUUCUUCGUCUUCAAGCCUUCGACCGAAGUCUUCGAAUACUACAUGUCGCUACUCAAGCUGGACGGUCGCUUCGACCCUCAAUUCCCCGAGCAGAACUUGUUGAAUUACGCCCACCGCAAGGACGGCAACAUGCCCUGGACACAGCUCGGCAACGAAUGGAAUAUCCACUAUCCUAAGGUUGAUGAUCUUCUUGGUGGAGUUAAGAGUCUACACGACAAGUGGUGGGCACCCGAGGUCACAGACCUUAAGCCUUAUAUGGAGAGUUGGCGCUGGAGAAUGGAAGGCCACUACGAGGCCAGAGACCAGAUGCUCACCAAGGACUAUGAAAAGCAUGGUCUUGAGCAAACCUCAUGA